AUGGCGUCCUCAAUCUCGGAAAAUUCUGACUAUGCCGAAAAGCGCUUCCUGGAUUACCUGUGCAGUAUUCCGGCCUACAAAGCAUCCCAAAUCCUGGGAUUGCAGGGCCCUGACCUUGACUUUCCUUCCUUUGCGGCCGCCAUGGUUGCGGGUAUUCCUCUCCAGUACUUCAACCAGCCACAGCCACUUAUUGAUGGUCCUCAUUUUGAGGUCCGUGAUGGAAGCCUCACUCUCGUCACUAAGUCCAAUUCAAAUUCAAAAAUGACAUGGCCUACUCAGAUUGCGUCUUCGCCCUCGGCGGCACCAUUUCAUGUUGCGCCUCCUGCUACUCGUCCUGCAUCUCGACUCCGCUCCUUGAACAGCUUCAUGCUAUUUCGCAGUAAGCUUUGUUGCUCCCCUAUUCUGCGGAGUCACACAAAAACAAAAGUCGACAUUGAUUUCCACCAUCUGGGCGAGGAGCCACUCAAAGCUCAGUGGACAGUCAUGGCCAAGGCGUACACUUUUCUUCGCGACCAUUUCGAACUCGGGGCUGUUUCCUUGAGUGACUUUACCGCAACUGUUGCUCCCCUGUUCGGGAUCCCCUGUGCUACUGAGUACAUCACAAUUCUCGGCUGGACAAUCAUGUCAUGGACUCUGGAGGAUGGUCAAAAGGGCUUUGAUUUGACCCAGAGCUGGGACCCCGACCUGGCUAACCUAAACCUCCAGCCCGUAUCUGUUGAGAAUAUCGUCGACCAUUAUCAGGAAAUCAAGAAGCUGGUCACAAAGGACGGGUCUGCGUGGCCGCUGCCCCAACAAGGUUAUUCUGCGUUAGCACUCAACUCAUACUGCCCAAUUGAGACCCGUCAAGAGCUUCCUGACCCCUAUGGCUGGCUCUUCAAUUAUCGAGGCGAGCGUCAGGAUGGUCCCAUCGAAGACCUUCAUUUGAUGGAUGUGUACGACAACCCUGACUCUGAUAUGGACCCUUUCCGGGAUCUUGUGGUCAUUCCCCCAACUGACAUCCUUGCCAAUCCAAAUUUUGAUCUUGAGCUCGCCGAUGAGCUUGAUAAACUCUUUCCGGGUAUGGAAUUUUCCAGUCUUGAUGCGCAAGAGCUCCUCAACAUUCAGUGA